AUGGACUCUGCACUUGGUUUUCUACCGGAUGGGCCGGUUUAUUUGCAGAUAACGGCCUAUUCCUGCUUCGGAAUCUCGACUUUCCUUUUUUCUGCAGCGUUCUUCAACUUUUUUGCAGCCUUCCGCUACUUCAAAUGGUCCCAGACCCGUGAAAUACUGGACGGAGGCGUUGUUUCUUUCGGAUUCUUCUUCAGCGCAAUUUUUAUUAUCUUAUCCUUGACCACACCAUGGAUCUACGUUUUCUUUCAUUUGGCGGAUGCGUUGAGGGUGAAAUACCUCUUGAGCGCUGUCCUGAUCUCGCACACACUCUUCUGGAUGUCAGUUGGAAUCAAAUUGUUCAUUUUCCGCUAUGAGAAGACGGAAUCAGCGAGUUCUCGGAUCUUCCACACCUUGUACAUGAUGGCGUUGACGAUUCCGGUGUUUUUGAGCGGGUAUUUCCCAGUUUUGUAAGUUCUUCAGCUACUUUAUGACCUUGGCUUUUAGUGACGUCCACAGUGGCUAUGGAAAAACGUAUAUUUUCCAAUAUGUGAUCACGUUUUACCUCCUCCUUGCUGCUCUUUUCGGAUGGAAUCGACCAAAGCCCGCAGAUUCGGUGAGUGACUUACCUAUGCUGAGUUUCAAUAGUUGUACACUUCCUCUUCCUACUAUUUAUCAUAAUAUUUCUGUUGAAAUUGCAGGGAAUUGCCGAGUUUUACAAGAAAUCCGAGCUGAUUGCCAAGUACAUGUGGCCGAAGGGCGCUCACAUGGUAAAAUGCCGGAUCUUCCUUUGUUUCCUGACAAUUAUCCUCGGCCGAGCCAUAAACAUUGUUGUUCCAUUGUACAGCAAAUGGAUCGGUAAGUUUUUCCUUCAUUUUUAUAUUGUUCAUGUUUAGUUGACGCUUUGACUGGAGAAAACCGUCGUUUCUGCUGGGAUUUGAUUGGAAUUGCUUCUAUUUUGAAGUAUCUGCAAGGAAAUGGCGGUACGUUGAAUUUUGAAACUUUUUGCGUUGAAUUUUAGUUGCUUCCCGGAGCUUUGACACCUAACCUCAAGUAUAAUAUCGAAAAUCUUUUCCAGCAAUGGGAGGCUUUCUCAAUACCAUCCGCUCGAUCUUGUGGCUUUCUGUACAGCAAUAUACGACUAUGACGAUUGAGACCGAGGUCUACCGACACCUUCUUCAUCUACCUUACUCAUGGCACAUCAACAAAAAGUCAGGUGAAGUCCUAAAAAUCAUUGAUCGUGGGACGGCGUCGAUCGACAAUUUCCUCAGCUAUUUGCUGUUCAAUAUAGUGCCCACGAUUGUGGACGUGGUGUUGGCGAUUUUCUUUUUCGUCUCCGUUUUCGACAUUUAUUUUGGGAUUUUGGUGACCGUAACCAUGGUGGGUUACAUGACGGCGACCGUCUUUGUGACCAGAUGGAGGAUCAAAUUCCGCCGAGCGAUGAAUGCGGCGAGCAACGAGUGCAGCGCGGUGGCGUUGGAUUCGCUGAUAAAUUAUGAGACGGUGAAGUAUUUUUGCAACGAAGAUUUGGAGCAUAAGCGAUACAAAACCAGCAUAAUCAAGUAUCAGAGCUGCGAAAAAAAGUCGGUAUACUCACUCCAAGCCCUCAACGGACUGCAGAACACCAUUUUGGGAGUGGCGAUGCUCAUCGGAUCACUGAUGAUGGCCUAUCAAAUCGCUGAGCCCAAGUCGAAACUCUCGGCCGGCGACUUUGUCCUCUUCUCCACCUAUCUGCUCCAGCUCAGCGUGCCGCUCAACUUUUUCGGCACCGUCUACAACAUGAUUCAGCGCAGCUUCACCGACAUGGAGAAUAUGUUCGCGCUGUUGGCCGAGCCGCCAGAGGAUUCGGACGAAUCGCCGCGCUACAGCAUCGAACAUUUUGGAGGGUUGAGAAUGGACAAUGUGAAAUUUGGCUAUGCGAAUGAUCGAGUGAUCCUCGAUAAUGUGACGUUCUCCGUGGCGGAAGGGAAGAGCCUGGCGCUGGUGGGAGCUUCGGGAAGUGGGAAAUCAACGAUUAUAAGGCUGUUGUACAGGCUUUACAAUGUCAAAGACGGUGAGGAUUUUGCGCGAUUUUUGUUUUGUUGUUCGUGAAAUGAAAAAAAAAAUAUAUGAAAAAAAAUUUUUUUUUUAUUUUUUUAACCGCGAAAAAUAUAUUUUUCUCACAUUCGUAUCGAUUUUUAUUGCUCUAGGCUGCGUUUCCAUGGGCGGAAUGGAUGUAAAAAUGCUCGAUUUAAAACAACUUCGCAUGUCCAUGGGAAUCGUCCCACAAGAUUGCGUGUUAUUCAAUGAAACCAUCGAAUACAAUAUUCGCUAUGGCCGUCCGGACGCAACCUUUGAGGAGGUGGAAGAUGCAGCCAAGGCCGCACAAAUCCACGACUUCAUCCUUCAACAUCCGGAUGGAUAUAAGUGUUUGGUGGGCGAAAGAGGCCUGAAAUUGAGUGGAGGAGAGAAGCAGAGAGUGGCGAUUGCAAGAACGAUAUUGAAACGGCCACACUUCAUCUUCUUGGAUGAGGUAGGGGAAUGGAAAAUGCCUUGGUUAUUGCCAAAUAGGGUAGUUUUUGAUCCUGGCCCCGCCGGCGAAAAAUGGCUGAUAAGAGUUGGAAUGGCUGGCCAAAGAGUUUGAUUAAUCGAAAAAUUUAAAUGGCUUGUGAAAGGAUUGGAAGCCGAGGUAUCGAAAUGGGUACCGUUCCAAUUCUUUGAUUACCGAUUUGUGUAGUGGACCUGAUCCAAUGGCAAAAAACGUACCAUUUUGCAUCCUGGAAGUAUCAAAAAAUGUGGCAAAAUGCUUCCAAGAAAAAAACUCCGCUUUCAAAAGCUCGCUCUUUUUGUGAGGGAAAAAGCCUUUCAAACAGAGUUCUUUUAGUCGGAGUGGGAGACAUUUUGCUACAUUUUUGAUACUUUCCGGAUGCAAAAUGGUACAUUUUUUGCUAUUGGAUCAGGUCCACCAUACAAUUCGGUAAUCAAAGAAUUGGAACGGUACCUAUUUCGAAACCUCGGCUUCCAACCCUUUGACUAGCCAUUUGGAUCAGGUCCGUCACUGUAUGGAAUUUUCGGGUUAAUCUAAUUCCUUUGUCCAGCCAUUUCAAAUCUUAUAAAAGCCAUUUUUUCGGCGGUGGGUUAGGAAUCAUGACCACCCUAUUUAUCACUGAUCUGAACCACGUUCACGGCGGUUUUUUAAUCGCUAUCUGUGGCUUGAAGAAUUCAAAUUCCGAUUUCCAGGCGACCUCCUCACUCGACUCCAAAACCGAGCGACAAAUCCAAUCGGCCUUGCAUGAGCUGUGCCAAGGCAAGACAGCCGUCAUAGUCGCACACCGGCUUUCGACCGUGGUAAAUGCGGACAAAAUCGUGGUGCUGGAUAAUGGGAAAAUCGUCGAAGAAGGAAGUCAUUCCGAAUUAUUGGAACAAAACGGAGUCUAUGCGAGAAUGUGGGAGCUGCAACAAGCCGGUGAUAUCUCGUCGCCUCCUUCGACCAACGACUUGACGCACAAGUUACUGAACGGCUCGGAUGCGUAG